AGUGUUGCCAAAACGAUAGUCGAGUGAGGAUGUGAACCGCUCUUCCUCUCUUGUGCUGGUGCCAGUCAUGGGAGAGUCAUGGUUUACACUGCGGGCGGCUGGCGUGGGUAUGGGCGUGGGCAUGGGCGUGGGUGUGGGUGCCCUGGCGGUGUGGUGGGCGUGGCGGCGCGCGCUCACCCAACCCGACACGCCCACGCACUGGGAGGAGGUGGGUGAGGUCAGUCAGCUGAUCAUCUACCCCCUCAAGUCAGGGCGCGGGGUCAAGGUCACUGAAGCCGAGGCCACCAGAUACGGCCUCGCCAUUGACCUGCUCGAGGACAGGUCAUUCGUGGCACUGGAGGAUACCCAGGUCAGGAAAGGCAGGCAUGACUCCCUUCUCGUCGGCGUGACCUUGACCUUGGAGGGGAGCGAGGUCACCCUCCAGGCCAAGGGGGUGGAGGAGGUGCUGGAGUUUGACCUUCAGGACGUCGUGAGGAGAGGCGAGGUCAUUGAGGUCAAGGAUUUCAGGGAGACUCUCGGGAAGGGGUACGACUGCGGGGAGGCGGCGGCGGCGUGGCUGACGAAGGUGCUGCAGAAGAAGAGGGAGGUCAGGCUGGCGUACAACGUUAACCUGACCCGCGAGAGAAGGACUUCGGGCAUUGUGACGAAGGAUGAGAAGAAGAUUUAUGUGUACCCCGGCUUCAGGGAUUACGAUAGGAUAUUAUACGCAGAACACGCCCCAUACCUACUGACCUCGGACACCUCCCUCGCUGACAUCAACGCCCGGAUGCUGCAACCCGUGACCCAGGACUGGUUUAGACCGAACAUCAUCGUAUCGGGGGUCGCGAAAGCCUACGACGAGGACGACUGGGCUUUCGUGAGAGUUGGGGACGUUGUGUUUCGUCGCAUCAAGCCCUGCGAUAGAUAUGAGUUCGUGGAUCCAGAGUCGGUCCGGACGUCGGAGAGAGACAUCGGCCAUAUCCUGAUGAGGACCCUGGCGCAGACCCGCCAGAUGGAGAGGCCACCGAUCUUACCGGAGCGCUGGAAGACAUGCUCGGUUUUCGGGUCUCACCUGGGCAUCGAUAAGGGCGGGCGAGUGAGGGUUGGGGACAAGGUGGCGGUGGCGAGGGCGUCCCACAACCCCCUCUGGCAACUACCACCACCACCGCCACCCUCAGUUAAAGCCGUGAUCCCCAGCUUAAGAUCUCGUAAGAAAGACCUUCCUUGCUACCACCUUCCAAGUUCAGUGCUGCUAAGGCUUUGGUCUAGGGUGAAUCUACGUCCCUGCUUGUACCUGCUCCUCCUCCUCCUCCUACUACUUCUACUACUACUGAUCCUGCUAAUUAUGGGGGUUCUCAGUGUGGAUGGGCGUGCUGUGGGCGUGGGCGUGGGGGUGGGGGUGGGUGCCCUGCUGGCGUGGUGGGCGUGGAGGCGACGUAACCAGCUUGACACGCCAAUAAAGUGGGAGGAGGUGGGUGAGGUCAGUCAGCUGGUCAUCUACCCCCUCAAGUCAGCCCGCGGGGUCAAGGUCACGGAGGCUGAGGCUACGAGCUACGGCCUUGCCUGUGACCUCCUUGAAGACAGGUCAUUUCUGACAGUGACCAAGGAGGGGAAGUUCAUCACAGGUCGCCAGGCCCCCAAGCUGACCACCGUCGUCGUGACCCUCGAGGGCAACAAGGUCACCCUCCGGAAGGUCGGCAUGGAGAACCUGGAGUUUGACCUCGAGGGCGUGACCAAGGCGGGCAAGGUCACUGAUUCUGUAGUCUUCAACGCCGACGUCAAGGGCUUCGACUGCGGGGACAAGGCGGCGGAGUGGCUGUCCGAGGCGAUAUACAGCAAGAAGGAGAAGGAAGGAGAGGACAAGGACAAGGACAAGGAGGAGGCUGGAUCAGGUGUUCGGCUCCUGUACAACGGGGACCUGACUCGAGCUCGGAAGGCCCGGGAAGCACCCUUCUUCUCCUUCCCCCAGUACAAGGACUCUGACAGGGUAAUCUACGCUGACACCUGUGCCUUCAUGCUCACCACGGAGGCCUCGCUAGAAGACCUGAACCCCCGCCUGCCCCGCCCCGUCACGCUGGACUGGUUCCGCUCCAACAUUGUGGUGCGGGGCGUGGAGAAGGCCUACGAUGAGGACGACUGGGCCUACGUCAAGAUUGGAGAUGUGGUGUUCCGUCGCCUGAAGCCUUGCGAUAGGUGUCAGUUUACCUUCGUCGACCCUGAAACUGGAGAGAAGUGUGCGGACCAGGAGCCUCUCGCCACCCUGAAGAAGUACCGGCGCGCGGAGGGUCCCGAGACACUGCAGAGGACGUGGGCACUCAAGCCGCCGUUUGGGACGCACCUCGGCAUCGACACUUGCGGGCGGCUGAGGGUCGGGGACAAGGUGGCGGUGGCGCGGGCAUCCUUGAACCCACGAUGGCAGUUUUGAGCGAGGGAGAAAGAUGGAGUGAGUGGAUGAGAGUGACUAUGAGAGAUUGUGAGACUCAGAGGAAACAUAAGAGUGACUGUGAGACUGUGAGAGACUAUGAGUGAUUGUGAGACUGUCAGAGAAAACAUAAGACUGACUGUGAGACUGUCAGAGAAAAUAUAAGAGUGACUGGCUGAUUUCAAGAUGACCGACUGACUAAUUGUUGAGUUAUUGAUUGGUUUUCUCAUCAUGCUUAUACCUCUCAUUCGACAUUUCAUUCUUUCGUGGAUUCGUUCGAGCAGCUUUUAAGAACUAGGACGUACAUUUGUCGCUGUAUGGUUUUUUUUUUCCUGUGUUGGCUGUGGAACUUUUGGCUGUUGGUGUUGUUAAUAUCUUCAAAAGCUCCGCCCAGAGGCAGCUCUACGACAGGUUGGAUUUUUAAUAUUUUGCCGUUCAGUGUUUAAGGUCAUUGGUAAACCUUUUUCUGAACGGGUCAUGCUGUAUUAUCAACGUGUCUGUGGCUAUUUUUCUCUUAGGUACAAUUUUCAAAUGUAUACUGAUUUUUGUUGUUGCACUUUCGAUAACUUUUUCAUCGACAUUUUGGUUUCUUGUUAGUUAUUUUUGCUGCAUUUUUCUUUUAUAUAUUGAUUCCUUGUUACAUUUUCAAUAACAUUUUCCUCUUUAUAUUGAUUUGUUACGUUUUCGACAUUUUCAAUAACGUUUUCUCAGACAUUUUGGUUUCUUGUUACUUAUUUUUGCUACUUUUUUCUUGUAUAUAUUGAUUCCUUGUUACAUUUUCAAUAACAUUUUCCUCUUUAUAUUGAUCUGUUACGUUUUCGACAUUUUCAAUAACGUUUUCUCAGACAUUUUGGUUUCUUGUUAGUUAUUUUUGCUACUUUUUUCUUGUAUAUAUUGAUUCCUUGCUACAUUUUCAAUAACAUUUUCCUCUAUAUAUUGAUUUGUUACGUUUUCGACAUUUUCGAUAACGUUUUCUCAGACAUUUUGGUUUCUUGUUACUUAUUUUUGCUGCAUUUUUCUUUUAUAUAUUGAUUCCUUGUUACAUUUUCAAUAACAUUCUCCUCUAUGUAUUGAUCUGUUACGUUUUCGAUAACUUCCUUUUCAGACAUAUUGAUUUCUUGCUACUAUUCUGAUAACGCUUCCCUAUAUAUACCGAUUUCUUACCUUUUUGUUAACUCGUAUUACUGCAUAUCUUAAGGUUGUUGAUUCUCCAAUAUUCUAAGGAUGAUUGAAAAGCACUUGUUAUGAUGGCUUCUAUAUAAAUUUCUUAAGCUUACCACAUCACAGAGUCCUCAAAAUACAUAUACAAUAACAACCAUAUUUUUCCUAUUAAGGUAAACUAAGAACACCAAUAAACUAACUGAGAAUAAAAAGUUAAAUCGU